CAAGAGAAGACAGGAACUAGAGUUGAACAACUGGUGCGGGCACAGCCUCAUUGGGUUUGGGCGAGGCGGUUCUGUCAUGAGGUUGGCUGUGCUGCUCUUGGUCUCUCUGGGGCUUCUAACAGCCCAGGGAACAGAGAUUCACUGGCCUCACAAAAAAUCAGCCACUCUGCUACCAUCCUUCACGGUGACACCUACAGCUACAAAAACAGUAAGGCCUACAACCAGCCACGGACCCACCACCACCAGUCAUGGAAAUACCACGGUUCACCCAACAAGCAACAGCACUGCUACCACCGCUGGACCUACGACCGACACUCACAGUACUGCUGCCACUACCAGUCCUGGAAAUGCUACUCGUCACUCCACAACAAGCAAUGGCACGGCUACCAGCCCAAGAUUCUUGACCAGUUCCCCCACGCUGGGACCACUGCCACCCUCUCCAAGUCCUAGUCCAGGCUCCAAGGAGGCUAUAGGAGACUACACGUGGACUAACGGUUCCCAGCCCUGUGUCCAGCUCCAAGCCCAGAUUCAGAUUCGGGUCCUAUACCCUACCAAGGGUGGAGGAGAGGCCUGGGGCAUCUCUGUACUGAACCCCAAUAAAACCAAGGCCCAGGGAGGCUGUGAGGGUGGCCAUACCCAUGUGCUUCUCUCAUUCCCCUACGGGCAUCUCAGCUUUGGAUUCAAGCAGGACCUGCAGCAGAGCAGGAGUGUGGUCUACCUGAACUACGCUGCUGUGGAAUACAAUGUGUCCUUCCCCCAGGCAGCCCAGUGGACAUUCGCAGCUCAGAAUUCAUCCCUUCGGGAUCUCCAAGCACCCCUGGGGCAAAGCUUCAGUUGCAGAAAUGCCAGCAUCCUUCUUUCUCCAGUUUUUCACCUUGACCUCCUCUCUCUGAGGCUACAGGCCGCUCAGCUGCCUCACACAGGAGUUUUUGGGCCAAGUUUUUCUUGCCCUGGAGACCAGUCCAUCAUGCUGCCUCUCAUCAUUGGCCUGACCCUGCUUGGCCUCCUCGCUCUGGUGCUUGCUGCCUUCUGCAUCAUUCAGAGACGCCCAUCUGCCUACCAGGCUCUCUAAGCAUUUGCCCCCAUCAGAGGGGCUCCAAGAGGCACCCUCAUUUCCUCACCAUGCAACCAACUCACAAACGAAGUUACCAUUCUUCACUGCCCUUCCUUUUUUUUUUUUUUUCUUCUUCACUGUCCUUCUGAAGAACAAAACAGUUACUGCAAUUGGGAGACAGAAGGGAAGAGGUUUUAUUAGAGGCAGCCCCCGCGCCAGCAGGAAAGUAGUAAAACCUACUCUUUUUUGGUACCGGGAAUCGAACUCACAACCUUGCCCUUACCAGGCAGGUGCUGUGCCGCUGAGCUAAAUCCCCAGCCAGUAAAACCUACUCUGUCUUUUGUUUCCCUUGUCCUGCCAGGAUUAAAAGUGUAAAUUUCUUGUUAAAUGCCUUUGUGUCUUUUCAUAGUUGAAUCACAGGAGGCCAAAAACAGCUGGUAAAGAGGGAUGAAAAUAGUACUUGACUAAAUGCCCUCAAGGGUUCAGCUGCCCCAAGGCCCGGAACAGGUGAUGUUAAAUAUACCACUGCUUCCUUCUUUCCCAGAUUAUUUCUGGAGCCACUGGCUGCCCGCCUCUCCUCCAACCCAGUGGAGUUGCCCACCUUGGCAACCAUCUUUCCAACUCUCCUGUACAAUUACAGGUACAGUGGACUGGCAAAGCAGUGCACACAUGGCUUAUUUCAUUUCCAAAGAUAAAGCCAGUGGCUCCAGAGCAGUAAGAAUUCUCUGUCCAAACUGGGUGUGGUGGUGCAUGCCUGUAGUCCCAGCACGCAGGAGGCUGAGGCAGGAGGAUUGCUCUAAGUUUGAGACCAGGCUGGGCUAUUGAGUUCAAGGCCAGCCUGAACUACAUACGGACAGCCUGUCUGAAAAUACAAUAAAGCUGCUUAUAAGAA